AUGAUAGAACAAUUACAUCAAGAACCUAUCAAUGUUAUUGAACAGCAACAAUCAUAUUUUGAAAGAAAACGAUUCUAUGAUUUAAUAUGUAAAUCAGAUCAAUUUGACGAAUGCUAUCGAGAUUAUUUAGAACAAAAUUUAAGCAUUGGUUUCGGACAAUUAUAUGAUGCUAGUGAUGAAAAAUCUGAAUUUUCGAAGCCUUCACUCGUUAUUCUAUCGCCAACAUUAGACAUUGAUGAAUUAGAAAUAGCAAAUUUAACUGAAAAAUUAAUGUCCUUCUUAGAAAAUAUGAAACAGUAUCGAAAACGAUAUGCAAUCGUUCAUGUCGAUGAUAAUUCAUACAUUAUUGGUGGUUAUAUAUUUGAUCCAAUUAAUAAAUUACGUAAAUCACCUGAAAAUGAUUAUAAAUAUAAUUCAACAAAUGAUAUUCUUCAACCGAUUGUUUCAUUACCAAAUAUGGCUGUAAGUUUUGGAAUUGCUGCGGAUGAGAAAUAUAUUGUCUUGAUUGGCGGUCAUAGUCACUUAAAUGAACCAUUAUCUCAAUGUUAUAUAAUGGAGAUAAAAAAAGUACCUGAAACAUGGCUAUCAUUACCUAAUCUUCCAUUACCUACAUCUGGUCCAGGAGUGGGAAUGAUCGACGGUGAAAUACAUGUUAUAGGUGGAUUUGAUAUAUUAUCAUGUGAAAGUAUAACACAUGGUGAAUAUUAUCGUUUAAAAUGGCCAAUAGAUACUCAAUGGACUAAAGAAUCAUCUAUUGAACCUGUACGAGCUCGAUCCUUGAUUGUUUUAAUUCCAAAUGAAGUUGUUCCAUUUGGAAGAUUUAUUUAUGUAGCAGGUGGUUAUGAUGUUAAUGUUAAACGUCGUCCUGUAGUAAUACCAACUGUUCAUAUGUAUGAUGAAGAGGAAAAAAAUUGGAAAUUAAUAACCAGUAUACCUAAUCUACAAUUAAUACAUGGCCUUUCAUUCUAUGAUGAUAAAUUACAUGUAUCUCGUUCAGUAUUAAAUAUAGACAAUCAAUACAAUAGUGAAAUCAUUCGUUCAUAUAAUUUGAAAACAAAUCAAUGGAUCGAAUCAUCAAAAUAA